AUGCAGUUCUCUCACGUUCUCUUGGCUGGCCUUGCCACCGUUGGUUCUACCGUCAUGGCUGCUCACUGCGCGAUUGGAAAUUCUUAUUUCUGCGAGGCCGACACGGCCAACUACUGCACCAACGUCAAGGGACCUGAUGGGUCUAUGGUGUCUACUACUUGCGGUGCCGACUGUUGCAAUACCCUCAACGGCUGGGGAACCGGCUGCCCCAAAUAG